AGCACUAGUGGCCUGAAAGGAAGUUACGUCCACUCUGAGGACGGAAAACCAGUGCAGUGGCAGCAAGGUGAAGGCGUUUCUCCGGCAUCAUGUCUCACCUGCCGAUGAAACUUCUGCGCAAGAAGAUCGAGAAGCGGAACCUCAAAUUGCGGCAGCGAAACCUAAAGUUACAAAGGGCCUCAGAUGUGAACCUAUCAGAAACUCAAAAUGGUGAUGUGCCUGAAGAAACAAUGAAAGUCAAAAAAGUUAAAAAAUCCCUGAAGCGUUCUAUAACUGUGGGCUUGUCAGAAGUGCAAAAUGUAGAUAUGUCUGAAGAAAACGUGGAAAAUAUAAAAGUUAAAAAAUCCCUGAAGCAUUCUGUGAAUGUGGGCCUGUCAGAAGCACAAAAUGGAGAUAAGUCUGAAGAAAUAGUGGAAAAUAUAAAUGUUAAAGAAUCCCCCCAGUCUACCAUAUUAACCAAUGGAGAAGCAAAAACACAGUCUCCCAGUUCAGAAACAAAAAAGAAAAAGAAGAAGAAAAAGAGAAAAAUGGCAAAUGAUGCUGGUCCUGAUACAAAAAAAGUAAAAAUUGAAGAAGGCUCUGAAGCUCCUGAAGAAACAGAAAACAGUGUGGAAAAGUCAGCUGGUGAGGAAGAGGACAGUGAAGUACCCAGCCUGCCCCUGGGACUAACAGGAGCUUUUGAGGAUACUUCAUUUGCUUCUCUAACUAAUCUUGUCAAUGAAAACACUCUGAAGGCAAUAAAAGAAAUGGGCUUCACGAACAUGACUGAAAUUCAACAUAAAAGUAUUAGGCCACUUCUAGAAGGCAGGGAUCUUUUAGCAGCAGCAAAAACGGGCAGUGGUAAAACCCUCGCAUUUCUCAUCCCUGUGAUUGAACUCAUUGUUAAGUUAAAGUUCAUGCCCAGGAAUGGAACAGGAGCUCUUAUACUCUCACCUACUAGAGAACUGGCCAUGCAGACUUUUGGUGUUCUUAAGGAGCUGAUGACUCACCACAUUCACACAUAUGGGUUGAUCAUGGGUGGCAGUAACAGAUCUGCUGAAGCACAGAAACUUGCUAAUGGGAUCAACAUCAUUGUGGCAACACCAGGACGGCUCCUGGACCACAUGCAGAAUACCCCAGGGUUUAUGUAUAAAAACCUACAGUGUCUGGUUAUUGAUGAGGCCGAUCGUAUCUUGGAUGUUGGAUUUGAAGAAGAAUUAAAGCAAAUUAUUAAACUUCUGCCAACACGCAGACAGACGAUGCUCUUUUCUGCCACACAAACUCGAAAAGUGGAAGACCUGGCAAGGAUUUCUUUGAAAAAGGAACCAUUGUAUGUUGGUGUUGAUGAUGAUAAAGCUAAUGCAACAGUGGAUGGUCUUGAGCAGGGAUAUGUUGUUUGUCCCUCUGAAAAGAGAUUCCUUCUGCUCUUUACCUUCCUUAAGAAGAACCGAAAAAAGAAACUUAUGGUCUUCUUUUCGUCUUGUAAAUCUGUAAAAUACCACUAUGAGUUGCUGAACUACAUCGAUUUACCUGUCUUGGCCAUUCAUGGAAAGCAGAAGCAAAAUAAGCGUACCACCACAUUCUUCCAGUUCUGCAAUGCAGAUUCAGGGAUAUUGUUGUGUACAGAUGUGGCAGCAAGAGGGUUGGAUAUUCCUGAAGUUGACUGGAUUGUUCAGUAUGACCCUCCAGAUGACCCCAAGGAAUAUAUUCAUCGUGUGGGUAGAACAGCCAGAGGGCUGAAUGGAAGAGGGCAUGCCUUGCUCAUUUUGCGCCCAGAAGAAUUGGGUUUCCUCCGUUAUUUGAAGCAAUCCAAGGUUCCAUUAAACGAAUUUGAAUUUUCCUGGUCCAAAAUUUCUGACAUUCAAUCUCAGCUUGAAAAAUUGAUUGAAAAGAACUACUUUCUUCAUAAGUCAGCCCAGGAAGCAUACAAGUCCUACAUUCGAGCAUAUGAUUCUCAUUCUCUGAAACAGAUUUUUGAUGUUAAUAACUUAAAUUUGCCUCAGGUUGCUUUGUCGUUUGGUUUCAAGGUGCCUCCUUUUGUUGAUCUGAAUGUGAACAGCAGUGAGGGCAAGCGUAAAAAGAGAGGUGGUGGCGGUGGAUUUGGCUACCAGAAAACCAAGAAAGUUGAGAAGUCCAAAAUCUUCAAACAUAUUAGCAAGAAAUCAUCAGACAGCCGGCAGUUCUCUCACUAAAAUGAACUUCCUUUCAUCUUGAAUAACUUUGCCCUGAAAUUUUUUUUUCUUUCUCUUCCAAAAGGAAUUUUUGUAGCCUUAGAUUCUUUUUUAUCUCUACGGUGAUGAAAUUAUAUUUUGAUUUUUAAAUACCAUAUAAAAAAAAAUCAAAUUAUGUCAUUGUUUUAAUAUUCUUGUACUUUAUGGUAUGUAAAGAUUUUAUGGUAUGAUUGCUAUAACUUGCUAUAGAGAGGGAUGUUAAUACACUGGACAGGUGGUGUUAAUGUGGAAAAUAGUCUUGGUUUAUUUUUUUAGUUUUGCUUCUGAAAAUGUUGGUGUAUUUUUAUCUAAAGAAACACUUUAGGUAAAAAAAUCACUUUUAUAUAUUCCCAGUUUUAAAAUGAUGAGCCUUUCUCCAGUUGUUUGUUUUUUUAAAGAGUAAGAAAUAAAGGUUGUUUACCAUUGUUACUUGAAUGAAGUGCCCCUAAGCAAUCUUCGAAUUAUGGAGGGAGGGAGAGAAUUAAAAUUGUUGAACCUCACAGUAAUAGAAAUGUAAUAUUCUUUCAUUUGGUAACUUAGUUAAGACCUUUUUUAAGAAUAAAGAAUGGUGAGUCUAACUUCAAUUUAUUGUAAGGUGGUUUAGAAUUUAAUAAGCCCUUCCAGCUCUUCAGAGUACUUGGAAGACAAGGCCAACUAUCAGUAGACUCAAAACCAAGUCAUGAGACAGUGCCCAGUGUACAUUAAUGYUAGUUUCUUUGUGAGGAAAAAAUCUCCAGAUCCAUGAAAGAUAAAUUUGUACUGAAAACUGAACAUGAACCAAGGUCAGAAAAAAUAGCAAUCAGCUAUUUAAUCAGUUGGGAUUUUUGUCACAGGAGCCCUUCAUUUCUGGUGUUCUGUGUAGUACAUAACUACAAAGUAGUUCUAUUUUAUAGCAAUUCAAAACCAAAGUUGCUAGCAGCAUUUUGCUGUUGUGCCAGUUAAUAUUCAUAGUGUCAUUAAUGUAAUUAUGCAGAGAAUAUCAAGUGGAGAAGAAACAGUUGGAUCAACGUUACAGUAGGAAAGGAAAGAACUAUGUUCCACCUCUAGGCUUGGCUGCUGUCUCUUGAGUUUCGGACCUUGACUGCUGAGUGCCUGCCCUGGCUUCUUAGAUUCCUAACUCCUACCAUUUAAUAACUAUUUCACUCCUCAGUGCUAUUUGUUUAUUCAUUUCAGAAAUGAUUAUGUUUUAAAAAUAUAUAAGCAAAGGGAAGAAUAUUUAAUCAGUGGUCAGAAGUAAUAAUGUUGAUAUUUUGGCAUGUAACAUUCCAGGUUUUGUAUGUGUUUAUACAUUUUAAUUUUUUAUCAAAAAUGAGGUCAUCCUCUACCUACUACUUGUACAACCAGCUUGUUUCAUAAUGUGUUGUUUUCCUGUGUCAUUAAAUA